AAUCCAGGAAGCAGCAGAGAGAGAGAGAGAGAAAAGAUCAGAGGAAAAAGAGAAAAAAAACUGCUUCGCCAGCACACUGGAGGUGUCGACAGUUAGAACAGGAGAAGCAAAGAAAAUUGGAUUGUGUUAUCCUGGUGUUAGAGCAGCUGGUGUUACGGGGAGAGCAUAUCUUGUGUCUCUCCUCUCUCUGUUUGCUGUCAUUCUCUCCCCUCCACUGUGCCAGCGGGGGAGGGUGCCUCGGCCGUCCCAGGCCUAGUUACAUGUCCCAGCAUCCCGCAAGAGCUCAGACAAGGCCACUGCGACCGUAACGGAGACUGUGAGAACAGGACAAGGCAGGGAGAUAGAGACCUGUGUGGUGCGUCUGGGCCCAAGCCCCUCAAGCCCCAGAGAUCCCUCCCAGGGACGCCUGUUUCUAUCACACACUACCCCAUCGACCUGCGGACAUCCAUGGAAGAAAAGUACAAAGAGAUUGCUGAGGAGCUGUUCACACGCAGCAUGGCAGAGAGCGAGAUGCGUAGCGCUCCUUAUGAGUUCCCAGAGGACAGCCCCAUCGAGCAGCUGGAGGAGCGACGGCACCGCCUCGAGAGGCAAAUCAGCCAAGACAUUAAGCUUGAGCCAGAGAUCUUGCUCCGUGCCAAACAGGACUUCAUGAAAAUCGACAGUGCUGCAGACCUCGAGUUAAUGAAGGAGAAGAGCGUGGACACUGUUGAUGAUGGCUUGAAGGAGCGGGAAAUGCCAAUGGAGAAGGAGUACCAGCGGGUCUCAAUAUCUGGAGAGGAGAAGUGUGGGGUGCCCUUCACUGACCUGGUAGAUGCUGCAAAGUGUGUGGUGAAGGCAUUAUUCAUCCGGGAGAAGUACAUAAAUCGAUCUAUGCAGAAUUUUUGUAAGACCACAGCUCACGCCCUGCAGGAGCUCGGGAUGAAGCCUCUGGAUCUGAGAGUCUAUGAGGAUAUACCAGAGACCCCUGUAGAUGCUGAUGCACCUGUCCACCCACCUGUUUCAGAGACACACCCCUAUGACAAUCAGGAUCCCAAGAAUAUGCCAGCAGACACAGGAUACGGUUGCAAGAUGGUGGAUGGAGUAGUCCAUGUCUACACCAAGAAAACUAACAUGGACAAAAGUGCAGAACUGGACCUGCCCUAUCCCGACCUGAAGGAGUAUAUCGCAGACAUGAAUGUAAUGAUGGCUCUCAUUAUCAACGGGCCAGUGAAGUCGUUCUGCUACCGGCGCCUACAGUACCUAAGCUCUAAAUUUCAGAUGCACAUUCUCCUGAAUGAGAUGAAGGAGCUGGCGGCUCAAAAGAAAGUUCCCCACAGAGACUUCUACAACAUACGAAAGGUGGACACGCACAUACAUGCGUCAUCCUGCAUGAAUCAGAAGCACCUGCUGCGAUUCAUCAAGCGAGCCAUGAAGAAAUACCCCGAGGAGAUCGUUCACAUUGAGCGCGGCCGUGGUCAGACUCUUAAGGAGGUGUUUGAGACCAUGAACCUGACGGCCUUUGACCUCAGCGUGGACACUCUUGACAUGCAUGCGGACCGCAACACGUUCCAUCGCUUUGACAAAUUCAACGCCAAAUACAACCCCAUCGGAGAGUCCAUCCUCAGAGAGAUCUUCAUCAAGACCGACAACCACAUUGAAGGAAAAUACUUUGCACAUAUAGUCAAGGAGGUGAUGUUUGACUUGGAGGAGAGUAAGUACCAGAACUCUGAGCUACGCCUGUCCAUCUAUGGUCGCUCCCGAGACGAAUGGGAUAAACUGGCUCAGUGGGCCGUUAAACAUCGAGUGUACUCUGAUAAUGUGCGCUGGCUUAUCCAGGUGCCCCGUCUGUUCGAUGUGUACCACACAAAGAAGCAACUGGCUAAUUUCCAGGAGAUGUUGGAGAAUAUCUUCAUGCCUCUGUUUGAAGUCACGAUCAACCCCCGCAGUCAUCCAGAGCUGCACCUCUUCCUGGACCAUGUGGUGGGCUUCGACAGCGUGGACGACGAGUCUAAACCUGAGCACCACAUUUUCAAUCUUGACAGUCCGCUGCCAGCCAACUGGACAGAUGAAGACAACCCGCCCUACUCCUACUACCUCUACUACACCUAUGCCAACAUGACUGUGCUCAACCACCUGCGAAGGCGGCGAGGCUUUCACACGUUCGUGCUGCGACCUCACUGUGGGGAAGCGGGGCCGAUGCACCACCUGGUGUCGGGUUUCAUGUUAUCAGAGAACAUCUCCCACGGGUUGCUGCUCAGAAAGGCCCCGGUGCUGCAGUAUCUUUACUACCUGGCUCAAAUUGGCAUCGCCAUGUCACCACUGAGUAACAACAGCCUGUUCCUGAGCUACCAUCGCAACCCGCUGCCAGAGUACCUCUCCAGAGGCCUCAUGGUCUCUCUGUCCACCGAUGAUCCUCUUCAGUUCCACUUCACCAAGGAGCCUCUGAUGGAGGAGUACAGCAUUGCAACUCAGGUGUGGAAACUAAGUUCCUGUGACAUGUGUGAGCUGGCGAGAAACAGUGUCCUCAUGAGUGGGUUUUCACACAAGGCCAAAAGCUACUGGCUGGGCCCCAGUUAUUCUAAGGAGGGUCCUGUGAGCAACGACAUCCGCCGUACCAACGUCCCCGAUAUCCGCGUGGCAUACCGCAGCGAGACACUGUCAGAGGAGCUUCAGCUCAUCACUCACGCCGUGCGCACAGAAGACCUGGACACGAUUGACGAGGAGGACUCUCUGUCCAUGGGCCCGCUCCCAGGAGGACGCUGAGAUCACCCUCACCUGGAUCCGUCCUGCUAAUCCCCAAACCUGUGGUCCACUCGGUAUGACACUGAAGAGAUGUGGCGUGAUAGUAAUUCUGUCAGUCAUCCUAUAUACAGCAUAAACACCACCAACCAUCACUAGAAUUAAUAAAAGUAAGCUACACACUAACAGAUACACAGCUACCGAAAGGCCCAAGAUACAGUCCUGCCAGAGCACUUCAGCGGCGAUGUUCUUUUUUUAGGUCGCUGGAAAGGAUUUAAAACCCAUAUUACAGUUGAGUUUUCAAAAUUUAUAGUCAAGGUUUCCCCCAGCUCUUCUUCUUUGACCUCUGCUUCUUUUGUUCUCACUGACAUGUUCACUCUUAGCAUUGUGAAGGUGAGCAGAGAGGAGCAGCAGCAGGGUUUCCUCUGAGUGAAAAGCAGGAAAACACUCACCACAGACACUUUCUGUAUUUCUUCAGCGCUCCAUCCUGUUCAGCCAAAGCUAUUAGAUGAUCCCUGUGAUUUAUUCUGUUGUUCAGUGAUAUGAUUUACUUCACCAGAGAUAUUAUAUAGCAUGUAGUGUCUCUGUACUAUCUAUGUACGACAGAAACAACCAGCACAUUGAGACUUUCGUCACAUGAAGCUGCUCAGAACGUUGGUUAUCUUCCACUUCACUGUACAGUCGCACUGCUUGUCUAAACUUAAUGCAUCUGUCAUCGUCAUUAUAUGAACUUAUAAUGAAGACAUUGGUGAUAUUUGUGAAAGUUUUAAGCGACUUCAGGGCAGCUUAAAACUUGGACAUUUACAAUAACAGAAUCAGAGAAUCCUAUAACCAGAGAGGAUAGCUUCCCUCUGAAUGCUGCAGCGCUGAGUAUCAACCGUGCCUUGGCGCGCUUUCAGAUCAUUCAUUUGCCAAAUUGCACACAGAAUCGUUCUUCCGUGAUUUUAAUCAGCUCGGAGUCUGGUCCGGAGAGAAGCGGACUUCCUGUGAUUGACAGAAAACAUUCCAUGAAGCCAGCUGUCCUCUUCAGCUGCAUAUUAAAGGUGUUCCAGCAAACGUUGGAAACCAGAGAUGUUAAAGGGGAAAUGUGCAUUGUAAAUUGCAACCACAGCUCAAAUACAUGUGGAUGAAUUCAGCAUCGUCUGAGGAGAACGCCCUCACCGUUACCUCACUGUGGCCACGAAGAUAUGGACUUUCUGUCCCUCCUUAGGGCCCUGAUUUUGCUCAUUCCUUCCCCAGCAGACAAACCACAAAGUUUUUUCCCUUUGCAUGCAGUGCACUGUACAUAUGCACCAAGCCAAGACUUCACAGUGCCUUUUCAUUUUCAGCUUCGGGCACUGCAUGCCCAGUUUUUGUCUGUAUCGCCUGCACCAAGUUUUGCAUCUCUUUUCCUCAGUCACAUACAGUAGGCCUCUAUGCUGUUGUAACAUUGUAACAACACCUAGCUGCAUGCUCGGUGUAAAAUAGCUUUUACCUUGGCCUUCAUUUGAGGACGAAAGUUCAUUUGUUUCUAGUUCUCUACUUUUAAGUGCUUUUUUUUGCAUGUCUGCAUGAAUAAUGGACGGCAGGAGACAAUGAGCUGCUUACAGCAAGUUGUAACGUAAAGCAUCUUAAUCAAUUCAGGGCUGCUGUUUAAAUCUGUUUGCUCCCUGAAACAGAUUUAAAUUCAUUGUCCACCAUGUAGAAAUGAGCAAACCAUGCUGGGCCAUGGUUAAGACUGUGGCAUGGUUCUUGUAGCAUUUUUUUUUUUAACUCGUCCCAAAUCUGAUUAAAGCUGGGAUCACGUUUUGUAUUGUAACCUCAUCAUAUUAUCACAUCCUGCCACCGGACACGGUCCAACGUCCCUUCAAACUGUGAGCAUUCGUCUUAAAACUAGAUGCUACUGUCCACUAAUAUUUGAUGCCAAGAGUAGGAGAGCCAAUCAGAAAAUGUCAGCCUUCAUUUGAAUAACCAACUGUAAUGUAUUGGUGUAUACGUACAUGUUUGCUUUAUAGAUGAUUAGGCUCAAAGGUGAGGUCUUUGUUCAGUUAGAAUACAGUAGCUUCUAAGUGUUCAAGGGAUUGCACUGGCGCUGUGUGCUGAACAUGGCGAAAUCUGUGUGUUUGUUGGAUUUCAUGUAUAAAGUGUAUUUUUUUAAAGGUGAUAUAGAGAUGAGAAAUUUUAUAAUCACAAUAUAUUGAUGUCAAGGUUUAACACUUAGAUUUGUUGCAGUUGAGCAUUGUGAGUUGGCAUUACAUCAGAGUUUUUCAAUAUAGUUUUACUGUUGUUAGCCUUUUUAAUUUGUUCAUUAGAUAUUUUAGUGUUGGCUCUUCUCCAGUUUUUCCUCACACUUUUUUUUAUUCUUGACCAUUCUCAGUUCAUUGUCAAAGUGCACCUGUUGUGCCCAUGAUAGAUACCUCUUACUUCACAGCCAAAAGCUGUCUCAACAGUCAGAAACGACAACCUCGACACACAAAAAACAACAAAGCCUAAUCUCUACACUCUAUCAAAAAAAGGCAUUUAUUUGUCGUUUUUAAUUUUUUGUUUUUGUUACGCAUUUUAAGCAUUGAUCUACAACUGUCCUUUUGUCUGGUAGCGUCAGUCCACAGACUGAAGCACACAUUUGAUUAUGUUCAAUUAUUGCAGCUUGAUUUUGUUAUUGGCCUUUUCUAGUCUGUUGUUGACUUCUUUGUGAUAUUUUGUAGGGUAAUUACGGAAAUAUUGUAAGUGCUCGAUGACAACACACCCUGCUGAGGUCCAUUAUAGCAGAGAUAAAGUUAGUCUGGACUGACCUGAACCGUCUCCAUCCAUCCAUGCAGCUUUACAACUCGUUACUGUAUUAUGUCCACUUCGUGGCUUCAUGUUGUCUUUUACAGUCACCGCAGAGCCAUUGUCUGUGCACUCACAACACAGUGCACCCUACCUCACGAACACUGAUCUGUCAUGUGGUGUCCUCAGCAACAGCAGGGCCACAACUAAUGAUUAUUUUCACUGUUGAUUAAUCAACUGACUCUUCUUCUUCUGUUUUGUCUAACCAGCAGUCUGAAACCCAACAAUAUUCGCUUUGCCAUCGUCAACAACUAAGAAAAAGCAACAAAUCACACAUUUGAGAAGCUUGAACCAGUCAAUUUAAGUCAUUUUUACUUUGAGAAUUAUUUUAAAGUUCAAUAGAUCAUCACAAUUGUUUCUUUUUUUGUGGAUCAACUAAUCAGUUAAUCCCAAUAAGUACUGUAAUUGUACAUGAGAAGUGAUUCACAGGAGCCACGACACUGUCUAACAGCAGAGACCAUUAAAAGUUGCUGUCCAGCUUUCACAGAGCAGUAACACAGUGAUUACUUAGUUGAAACAUGAAAUCAUACCAGUUAUUCAAAUAUAUACAGUAUUCACAGAUUUAUAGUUCAGUGUGUGAUUUUGGUUCUGAUGCCGACACUCAGACUCUUUUUGUGUUCAGCUGAUACUUGUCUCGUGAAGUAUCUUUGUUUUUACAGUCCGGUCACUUUUUGACACUUCCUGAUUCAUAUUUUUGAGUUUGCCUAAUUUGUUGUCCAUUCAUCUGUAGCCAUAUUGUUGCCUGAAAUGGAUUGCCAGUGUUAAACAGAUGCUUCUGCCAAGGUUCAUGUGUAAUGUUUGAACAAUAAAAUAAAGCAUGUU